AGGGACUCGUUUGCCCUCGUCAACCGCGCGCGCGCCGUUAUCCCGGGCCGAGCUGUCAUCGACGUCCCAUCCUUUUCCAGCCGAGGACCGUGUAUGUUAUAGCGGCUACACUGAGGGGGCCUCGGCGAUUCUCUCGGUACAAGAUACCUCCCCUCAGUUUGUUUAUUUAUUAGUUUUACCCAAGCGGAGAAAAGGCUUUUAGACAUCUCUGCAAUUGACAAGAAGGCGCAAUAAGAUGAAGCUGGAACGGGGGGGUUGGAUGUGGUGUGUGCUGCUCCUGUCCUCGCUGGCCGUGGCGGCCCAGCAGGAGCAGUUUGAGGUCGACGCGUCAGACGUGGACGAAGAGGCGGGGCUAUACGACGAGGAGUUAAAGGUGCUGAUGGCGGAUGAGGAGGAGGCGGCGGAGGAGGAAGAGGAGGAGGCGACGUUGGUGGAUGAAAACCACUCUGAUGAGACGGACGGCACGGCGAGCGGGAAGGACGCAAACGUCUCCUUCCAGGUGACGUACAAGACCCCCGUCCCCACCGGAGACGUCUACUUCGCGGAGACGUUUGACGACGGCUCCCUGGAAAGUUGGCAGGUGUCCAAGACGGUGAAGGGGGACGCAGAUGAUGACAUCGCCAAAUAUGACGGGAAGUGGGCCGUGGAGCAGCUGAAGGAGAACAAAGUUCCAGGAGACCGGGGUCUGGUCCUCAAGUCCCGGGCCAAGCACCACGCCAUCUCCGCCAUGCUCAACAAGCCCUUCGUCUUCCAGGAGGACUCGCUGGUCGUACAGUACGAGGUGAACUUCCAGGAUGGCAUCGACUGUGGAGGAGCGUACAUCAAACUGCUCUCAGACACCGGAGACCUGAAUCUGGAGCAGUUCCACGACCGCACGCCGUACAGCCUCAUGUUCGGCCCGGACAAGUGCGGCGAGGACCACAAGCUGCACUUCAUCUUCCUCCACCAGAAUCCUCUGAACAAAGACCUGGAGGAGAAGCACGCCAAGCGGGCGGACGUGGACCUCAAGAAGUUCUACUCCGACAAGAAGACCCACCUCUACACUCUGGGUCCGGAAAAACAGAAAAUAUAUCAAUGUUUUUUUAUCUUUCCCAAAUAUUCAUUCGUCAUUUCUUUCUUUUCCUCCCCAUUUUUGUUUUUGUUGUUGUUGUUAGUCCUGAACCCGGACAACAGCUACGAGAUGCUCAUCGACCAGUCGAGCGUGAGCCGGGGCAGCCUGCUGCACGACGUGGUGCCGCCGGUCAACCCGCCCAGAGAGAUCGACGACCCCCACGACGCCAAGCCGGAGGACUGGGACGAGAGGGCCAAGAUCCCCGACCCCGAGGCCACCAAGCCCGACGACUGGGAAGAAGACGCUCCGGCGAAGAUCGAAGACCCGGCGGCGCUGAAGCCCGAGGGCUGGCUGGACGACGAGCUGGAGUUCGUCUCCGACCCCAACGCCGAGAAACCGGAGGACUGGGACGAGGAGAUGGACGGCGAGUGGGAGGCGCCGCAGGUCCCCAACCCGGCCUGCGAGGCGGCGCCCGGCUGCGGGCUGUGGAAGCAUCCGCAGAUCAACAACCCUCAGUACAAGGGCAAGUGGAAAGCUCCCCUGGUGGACAACCCCAACUACCAGGGCAUCUGGAAGCCGCACACGAUCAACAACCCGGACUUCUUCGAGGACCUGCGUCCGUUCCGCAUGGCGCCCUUCAGGGCCGUGGGCCUGGAGCUCUGGUCCAUGACCGCCGACAUCUACUUCGACAACUUCAUCGUCACCUCGCACAAGGAGGUGGCCGACCGCUGGGCCGCCGACAGCUGGGGGCUGAAGAAGCUGGUGGCCAGCGCCAACGAGCCGGGGAUCUUCGCUCAGCUGACCAUCGCGGCCGAGGAGCGCCCGUGGCUCUGGGUGAUCUACAUCCUGACGGUGGGCCUGCCCGUCGGCCUGGCCGUGCUCUUCUGUUGGCCCAAGAAAUCUGACGACGAAUACGUCUACAAGAAGGUGGAUCCGCCCCGGGCUGAUGAAGAGGAGGAGGAAGAGGAGGAAGAGGAGGGGGGGGCGGGAGACAAAGCCGCCGAGGCUGCAGAAGGUGCUCCAUCUGCAGCGGCGGGCGGGGCGGAGGAGGACGUGGCCGAUGCUGGAGGUGACAAUCUAGAGGAUGAGGAGGAGGAGGAAGAAGAGGAGGAGGAGGAAGAGGAGGAGGAAGAAGAAGAGGAGGAGGAAGAAGAGGAGGAGGAGAGCAAAGCUCCUGAGAGAACAUUAGAGGAGGAGCCGACGGAGAGCCAGAAGCAAGCCGUGAGGAAGAGGAGGGUACGGAAAGACUGAGGAGGUGAACGCCUCCCGUCUCCUCCCCCCCAAUGCGGAGGAGGAGGUGGAGAAGGUCUCAGCUGCUGCUCCACCCUCUCUGAGCAGAGCAGCCUCCAAACCACCCGGUGGCCUGUAGUCACCACCGGGCCUCAGCUACACCCAAACCACACCCCCAUCCCUCAACUACACCCAAACCACACCCCCAUCCCUCAGCUACACCCAAACCACGCCCCCAUCCCUCAGCUACACCCAAACCACACCCCAUCCCUCAGCUACACCCAAACCACGCCCCCAUCCCUCAGCUACACCCAAACCACACCCCUAAUCCCUCAACUACACCCAAACCACACCCCCAUCCCUCAGCUACACCCAAACCACGCCCCCAUCCCUCGUCUGGUCUCGUCCCGCCCACUGAGCGACCAGGUGACUCCUCCCCCUGGAGGUUCUGUGCAUUUCGAUGUUUUCCUUCCUCCAUCUUGAGCUUCUUCUCUUUCUUCGUGGUGUAUUCUCUCGUCGGCCUGAAAGGGGGCGUGGCCUCCUCUUCCUUCACGUUUCCCGUCUCUGAAUCGACGCCGCCGGCCGUCUCCUCUGAGUAAGAUGGCGGCAGCCGGUCUGCGUGGCGGCGGCGGCGUUCUCGUGUCCUUUCUUUUGUUUUUACGAGCGCGUUCGAGGUCGCCGUUUGUCCUCGUGACGAGCAGAGAGCAUGCUGGGAAAAAAAGUCUGUUUGACAUGUGGAGACAUUUCAGCGGAUGAAUCUCCUCCGUUUAGAUUUAAAGGUUCAAACUUUGUUUGUAAGGAGCAUCGGUUUAUUUUAUUUAGCCUCUGAUUGGUUUAAAGGUUUGUGUUCCGCUUGAGAAUAAAGAUUUAAUAUUG